AUGUCGGUUCCUUCAAACGACGACACAAUUCAUAGCGAAGGUAACUCGGGUAUGCAGAGCAACAACACUGAAUUUCCUACUACGAUGACUAACACUUCAUAUCCUGUUCUCGAAGAUUGCGCUCUUGAUAUGAAAUGGAGUGAAGUUAUGCAGAUCAUUCAAUUUAUGAAAAAUGACGCAGUUAACAUAGUGGAUUUUGAAAUCUUCUAUAUUAACAAGGAGAGAAAUUGUAUAUUUACGACAACAUUCUGGAAGUUCUCAUUAGUGACUCCCAUUGGUCGGGAAAUUGUCCACGCGUUUCAUGUAAUGUUGCCGCUGUUUGUAAAAAUGGCUUUGAACGCUGGUCGAAGAAACCUUAAAUUACACGUCAACAAAACUGGUAAAAGAUGCAUUUUCCCUAGUAAUGAUCAAAUGUUUAUGGAUAAAUUGAUAGUCGGAGGAAUAUUUCAACAAAUAUUUCUGCUCACGAAACAGCCGAUAAGUAACGAAAUCUGUUAUUUUGGGUAUAAAGCCCAUCAAAAUGACCCGCGACCGUUAUACUUGUGCUGUCAGAUAACUGAAUAUGAUUUCACUGGAUCAUUAAAAUUUCAAUGUCUAGAAACAAAUGCAUUUCUACAUACGAAGUUAUAUUCGACCAUUUUCACCGCUAUUAUGUUCGUGAUUUUACCUCUCUAUUAUUUAAAGUUGUUAUUCCAUCUGCUAUCUUAUCGUUUGUUUGAUAUUAGAUAUUCGAAGUAUUAUAAGCUGGAGGAAAGUACCAUGUCGCCGUCUUCUAUUGUGCUGAGAAUUAUGUGGAAACAACAGGGGGCCUUUGCGUAUUGCGUCCGAGCCCUAGCAGUACUGUCUAUUUUACUAUUGUUUAUGUGCUUAAAUGUAAAUAUUAAACUAAGGAUGAUAUUUAAUUUUGUACCUUCUUUAUACCUUUUCCCGCCCACUUUCUCGCUCAUAUUAAUUCUAAUGACACCACCAACAUUACCAAGUGCUAUCCCCCACGGCUCCAUCACUAGCAUAGCGGGAAUAGCUGACUUUUUUUUCAUUCACCAAAUGGUAUCUUGGAUGGGUUAUAGUGAACAGAUAUUACGCCAAAAAGAUGAAAGUGAAGAAUUUGAAGUUGUAAUCGCGAUGUUAACUUUGCCAUUUAACGAAAAACAUUGGAUGAAAAAAAUAGGGGAGUUGUGCAAUAGGUUUCAAUUUUCUGGUAUUUUUUAUUUUCCACAAUCAAUUAUCCUGACAAUGAUCUUGGCUUGUUUAAUUUGUGUUUUUUAUGUUUCUCUUCGCUUUCUCUGGAGCAUUGUUUUAUUGUAUCUAUACCUUAUAUACAAAAUCUUCGUCCUUUCAAUGGCAGUGUUAUAUGGCUUUAAUAACUGGCGUCUUUUCCAAGUCGUGUCCAUGUGCGGGAUUCUUGUCGGUGGAACUUGGGCCUGUUACAUAUUGAUAUUGGCAUUGCAAUCUUUACUGCUCGGAAUAUUCCUUAACCUUGUCUACUUUAUUCCCUAUCUCGCAUCUUUUUCAGUCUUAACAUUUCACGGCUAUAGUUAUUGGAAGUCUGUGGAAGAGAAAUACUUUGUAUUAAAACAGUUAAUUUACGAAAAGUGUCGAGACAUACAACGCGUCAAUAAUGGCUGCAUUCCAAACAGACAUCCCAAACAAAAGGAAAACGUUUUACCGGUGGUGUCCAGAGAGCUUUAUGAUAAAAUAAGAGAGGAACUUUUACCCUAUCAUACAAACUUAUUUUAUUUCAGUUUGAAAGUGUUGAUGUUGUCGAUAUUCGCCUAUGGUAUUUUUGAGCUGGUCAAUACACUCCAUGCAUUAAAAAUCAGCGCUGUCGUUCAGGUUUUGAUAACAGUGAGCAUCAGUAUCGUGCCGUAUAUAUUCAAUAUGGAAAAAUUUAACACAAGCGAAGCAAGAAAAAAAGCAUGGCUUGAAAAAAUGAAAUUAAAUGUGAAAUACAUUGUCGAAGAACGAACUCUUGAGGAUCCAAAACUAGCUAGGACAGUUUUGAUUAUUCAAGACAAGAGUAAUGACACCGUUGACCGUGAACAGGAGACUGCGUAUGAGAACGUAAUGCAAUACGAAUCAUCUGUGUAA